GCUGCUACCCUCGCCAUUUUACAAAUCCUAUAAAUACCACUACGAGCACCAUCUCUCUCACUCCCUCCCAAGCUCCAACUCUACCUCCACCCCCAACUCUGCUGUCCAAUUCUCAUACUAACCCACCCCACCUGACAUCGCCGCCGGAUAAUCAGCCAUGGAUGUCCGCCGGCGAUCCAGCACCAAAGCCACCCAUCUCGCCGACUCUACCAUCCAAAAACACCAUCUCCAUCGCCGCCACCCGAAGGACCACUGCGAAGAUUCCCCGCUAAAAGUCUCCUCCGCCACCGAUGACGCGCUGCCUCUGCCGCUCUAUCUCAUCACCAACGCGCUCUUCUUCACCCUCUUCUUCUCUGUAGUCUAUUUCCUGCUCACCCGCUGGCGCGAGAAGAUCCGCACCUCCACCCCUCUCCACGUCGUCACUCUCUCCGAGAUGCUCGCCAUCCUCGCCUUCUUCGCCUCCUUCAUCUACCUUCUCGGCUUCUUCGGCCUCGACUUCCUCCAAUACUCCCUACUCACCCCCCGCGCUUCCUCCGACGAAGAAGAAGAGCAAGAAGAAGAAGCAGAAGACCACAACCGCCUCAUCCUCCAGGACGACUCCCGCGCUGCCCCAUGCGCCGCCGCCGUGGACUGCGCCGUUAACGUUGCUUCUCCUAAGCCCAAGGCGGUCGACCCUCUUCCUCCCAUUAUUUCCCCCCCUUCUUCCGAAGAGGACGAGGAAAUCAUCAAAUCGGUAGUCGCGGGAACCACGCCGUCCUACUCCCUGGAAUCCAAGCUCGGGGACUGCAAGCGCGCAGCCGCAAUCCGCCGCGAGGCGCUGCAGAGGAUAACGGGGAAGUCCCUCGCCGGACUGCCGCUGGAGGGGUUAGAUUACGAGUCAAUACUGGGGCAGUGCUGCGAGAUGACGGUGGGAUACGUUCAGAUUCCAGUGGGGAUCGCGGGUCCUCUCUUGCUUGACGGGAAAGAGUAUUCGGUGCCUAUGGCGACGACGGAGGGGUGUUUGGUGGCGAGUGCGAACAGGGGGUGUAAGGCAAUUUACGCUUCCGGCGGGGCCACCAGCAUAGUGUACAGGGACGGCAUGGCGAGAGCCCCCCUCGUGCGGUUCGGGACGGCCAAGAGGGCGGCCGAGUUGAAGUUCUUCUUGGAGAGUCCUCUAAAUUUCGAAACAUUGGCCAUUGUCUUUAACCGAUCGAGCAGGUUUGGGAGGCUGCAGAACAUUAAGUGUGCGAUUGCGGGGAAGAAUUUGUACGUAAGGUUCUGUUGCAGCACCGGCGAUGCUAUGGGAAUGAACAUGGUGUCCAAAGGCGUCCAGAAUGUUUUGGACUUCCUUCAGACUGAUUUCCCUGACAUGGAUGUCAUUGGCAUCUCCGGAAAUUACUGUUCGGACAAGAAGCCUGCUGCUGUAAACUGGAUUGAAGGGCGGGGAAAGUCAGUUGUCUGCGAGGCUAUCAUCAAGGAGGAGGUGGUGAAGAAGAUCCUCAAGACCAACGUCGCUGCGCUUGUUGAGCUUAACAUGCUUAAGAACCUUACUGGCUCUGCUGUGGCUGGAGCUCUCGGAGGCUACAAUGCACACGCCAGCAAUAUCGUCUCAGCCGUCUUCAUAGCCACGGGCCAAGAUCCCGCACAGAAUGUGGAGAGUUCCCACUGUAUCACAAUGAUGGAAGCUGUUAAUGAUGGAAAAGACCUUCACGUCUCGGUCACCAUGCCUUCGGUUGAGGUGGGUACGGUUGGAGGAGGCACCCAACUUGCAUCCCAGUCAGCUUGUCUAAACCUGCUUGGGGUGAAGGGUGCGAACCGAGAGUUGCCGGGAUCGAACGCGAGGUUGCUGGCCACCGUCGUAGCUGGGUCUGUUCUUGCUGGGGAGCUCUCCCUUUUGUCUGCAAUUGCUGCUGGGCACCUUGUCAAGAGUCACAUGAAGUAUAAUAGAUCCAACAAGGAUGUCUCCAAAGCUUCUACCUAACAAGAAUAAGAGCCUAUCCCUAGCUUGAGGGUCUCAUACUUUCAAGCCCUCAAUUUGAUGUAUAAAAUAAUUUGCAGAAAAUCAAAUAGGAUUUCCUAGCAAGGUGUGGAUAGAGGCGGCCUUGGAAAUUGGGUGGGUAAAAUUUAUCCAACUCAAGUAAAGGAUGCAAAACUAUCUGUAUUCUUUUCCUUCUGCAAACCAUGUUAGAUAACUUUGCAAGCUUUGAAAAGUUGGGGAGGACGGCAGUUCAAUCCUUGAUUAAAUUUUUAGAAUUAUUUUGUUUUUUUUAAAUGGGGAGGUGGACUCUGCAUACUUCUAUAAAUAGCAGCGACAUCUCAUCUGAGAUUCAAUAAAUUAAUUCAAAGUUUUUCAUGCUUUUA